AUGAUAGAGUGGAAUGAUAUUAAUGAAAAUAUGAAUGGAGUAAGAUACGCAUGUAAAGCAUUAGAACACCUUAAUAAGCGUGCCAAAUCUAUAAAGUCUUUUGUAAAUUUCGAUAAAGUAUAUAAAUAUGAGGAAAUGGUUAUGUAUAUUAAUCAUGUAAUCUGGAGAUAUAUCAUACAUAAGCCAGAUCAAUAUAGAUUACUUGAUGUUCGACAUAACGUUAUGAAAAAUUUAAUCCUUGGUGAUUGCGAUCAAUUAAUUAAGUUUAUUCUUUUUGGAAAAAAUUCAAAUGAUGAGAAAAAGAAGUCAAAAGAAAAUUUUCAAGUCAAACAUAUUCCAAGAAGCAUGUCUUGGCAGAAAAAGCAUAAAUAUAUAAGGGAUGAUGAUAUUAAUCCUUUUAACAGAAAUAAAGAAAUAGAAGAUCACGAGAAGAUAGUGCCAGGAAAUGAUUUGGAAUUAGCAAUUUAUCAUUGCAGAGACCAUGAACAAAAAGAUACGAUCGUCGUUGCUUAUCUUUUGGAAUAUUAUUCAAGCCAUGCUAAAGAUCAUGUUGGUUGGAUGGUUACGGUUUCUAAGGCACUUCAUUUAUUAUACAAAUAUAAUUAUGAUAAUUAUGCUAGAAGGUUAUUUCAUAAAGAUUGUUUUGCGAAUCAGAAUUAUUUUUUAGCACAAGAUCCUUAUGAAAUCAUUCCAGAAGAAUAUUUGGCAAGGCGAAAUAAUGAUGCCAAAUUCAGAGCAUUUAGACCUAAUGUCGAUUUGCAGUCAUCUAAAGAGAUUGCUGCUCUAUAUAAUUAUACUAAUAGGAUUAAAAACAAUAUCGCUGGAUGGUUUGAAAACUUUGAUAAUGAUCAUGGGAAACCGCCGUUAGCUUUACGAGUUGUGCCACUUCCUGACUUUACUGUGAAUAAAAUUAAGAAGAAAGAAGCAGAUCCGUUUUCAAGAGUUGUACAAUAUGAAAAUUGUGAUGAUAUGUUUAAUAAUCCAGCAAUUGAAGCAGUUAUUGAUUUUCGUUGGAAAAAGGCCAAAAAUUAUAUCUUCAUUCAUUUUCUUCGAUUUCUUUGUUUCGGACUGUGUUUUAGAUAUAUAAGUUUGGAAUAUAUGAGCAAAAAGAUUGAUAGUGAAUAUUUGGCUACGUCAGUUGUCUUAUUCUAUUUUUUAGCAAUUCAUCUAUUAGUCACCGAAGCAAUACAAUUACGAUAUCGAGGGUUUCUAUUGCUUAAAGAUCCAGAACUAGCAGGAAUCCAAACCAAAGAUUCUACUAUUAGUGGAUAUGGCAUAAAUGAUACAACAAACGAUAAAUUAGAAAUUAACCUCAGAUCAGAUUUUAAUUUUACCAAUCGGAAUGACAAUCCGUUUUCAUCCUUUUCAACUUCAAUAGAAACUGCAUAUUUUUGGAUUAAUGGUGAUUUUAUUCAAAGGAAUCUGUUUGAUUCUUGGGUUGUCAAAGUAUUUACUUAUAUGGCUAGCAUAUUUAUUGUAAUUAUUUUACAAAAUGUGUUGAUUGCUUUCAUGGGUGGUGUUUAUGAAGAAGCAGUAACUAAAGGCAGACAAGCUUUAUUAAGGUAUAGAGCAAAUCAAAUAGCAGAUUAUGAAGCUUUAUGUCACAAUCAUCUUUGUCCUCAUGAAUUAGAUCCAAAAUAUAUUUAUUAUAUCGGUCAGUCUAUAAACUUUGAAAAUUGGCAUAAAAGUAGAAAAGAAGAUCAAGGUGCUAUUUAUAAGGAUUUUGAAGAGCCACCAACACUUAUUACAAAUGCUUUUAAAAGAUCAACUUAUGAUGAAUAUUCAAUUUGGCAAUUUGAAAAUAAUAAAAAUAAGAAUGAUAAAAAGGGAAGACUUACCGAAAUAAUCCCUGCAACUGAUGUAGUAAGAGAAAGUAGGGUAGAGUUCGGGAAGUCAGAUGAUGCAGAAAGAAAAGAUCAAGUAGAUGUUGCGAAGUUAAUUCAGGAAAUUGAGAAUUUGAAGUCCAAUUUGAGAUUAAUUGAAGGGAUUCUCAAUUAG